CUCUGCGACACCUACGAGUAUACCUUACCGUACUAGAGCACACCACGUUAAUUAGCUAGUGAUGCGGUCGGGGACAACCAUUAUCCCCCGGCAAAUCCACCGCAAUCUCUUCACGAAAUCACCAAUAUGCCUCACCACUACUACCACCAUUGCCUUGAAAGCCGUCCAAAACCAUAUUGUUAGAAUGUCCUCUGCUAAUACCCCCACGGUCCCCCGGGUUAGCGCAAGGUAUCCUCUCCCCACAUCCCCGGGCCUUGGGCGCAUCAGCUAACAACCCACAAAGUCUAAUCCUCCUCAACCCCAAAAACGAGCUCCUUCUCGUCCACCGACCCACCCACUCCAGCACCUUUCCCGGUUCCCACGUUUUCCCGGGGGGUGCCGUCUCCCCACAAGACACGCCCACCCAGACAACCCCGCUCCUAGAAACCCUAAAGCUCUGCGCGCUCCGCGAGACAUUUGAGGAGACCGGGGUUCUCCUAACUAUCACUCCCCCGCCGCCCACCCUAACCCCAACCCUGCUAGCCGAAGCCAGAAAGGCAAUCCACGACUCGGCGUUAACAUUCCCAUCCUUCCUACAGUCCUACGGCUUAACACUAAAUACUAGCGCUCUACACUCCUUCACCAAAUGGAUAACUCCAAAAACCGUGCCCCGGCGCUUCGAAAGCCAGAUCUUCGUCACUUUCGUCGACGGCGAGCAGGUGCCCAGCCACGAUGGUGGCGUGGAAGUCCUCUCUGCGAAGUACUUGACGCCUUCGCGUGCCUUGCAAAUGUCGAAGGAUGGAGAACUAGUGUUCUCCCCGCCGCAGUUUUAUUUAGUAAGGAGGAUUGAGGAGUUUGUUUCCGUGGAUAAUGGGGGAGAGCGGGGAAGGAGGAAAGUGCUUGAGAUGGCGGAUGGGGAGUUUGGCACAAUGGUAAUGGAACCCCAUCCUAUACGAUUGUUGGAUGGUGGGAAGAGGGUGGCUAUGGGGUUGGGCGAGAGGGGGGAUAAGGAGUGGGCCGUUGUCAUUGAGAUACCCGACGAUAGGAAGAAUGGGGGGCUAAAGGGGGUAGAGUUAGUUAGGAGGGAGCAUGUAGCGAAGCUGUAGAUUGGCGGAGGGUUGUGGGGUCAGAGUGGGGGUGUUCCUUUAGCGCUAGUUGAACAUGUAAACUUUCACUAAUUUCCAUAGAUCACCGUAUUAAUGCAAGACACCCACUAAGCGU